CUUCUGUGGUUGCUGAGGGCCGACAUCCAAUGGGAGGGGGAGCUGAAAGGAGCUAAAACAAUAGAGCAUUGGAUUGCUAGAGGGGAUGUCGGAGGAGAGGAGAAGGGCAGAGGAACUUCCUGUUCCGGUUCCCUGCGGGGAGGAGAGCGGCGCGGAGGAGCGCUCUGUGGUCUUCCCGGGGUCGGAGUAGCAGCGGCCGGAAGGAGGCCCCGACCAUCAACAGUACUUCCUCAGAGAAGCAGCGGACCUGCCCCAGGGAACGUACGGCAGUGGGAGGAAGAAGAUGAGUUUCGAUUCCCCGCCAAGGAGCCAGAAAGUCCCGCUGAAGGAAAAUGCGCACAAAUGCCAAUACUGUGGGAAGUUCUCCGACUGCCGCGCCCACCUGAUUAUCCACGAGCGAACUCACACGGGGAGAAACCCCAGAAGUGCUCAGCUUGUGGAAAAAGCUUCACCCGGAAGGAAUCUCUGAUUAUCCACGAGAGGUUCCACACGGGGGAGAAGCCGUACAAAUGCUCGGUGUCCAGAAAAACUUUCAGUGAAAAGAUCAGGCCGCUCAUCCAUGAGAGAACUCACACCGGGAAGAAGCUGUACAAAUGCUCGGAGUGCGGGAAGAGCUUUGGGACAUGCUGCAACCUCCUGAGACACCGCAGGGUCCACACGGGCGAGAAGCCGUAUCACUGCUGCAACUGCGGCCAGAGUUUCCAGUAUAGACCGCAGUUUGCUUAAUGACCACUUCACUUAGCAACUGAAAUUCCGGUCCCAAUUUUGGUUGUUAAGCAAGGACUACCUGUACAAUCCACGAAACGUGGUUUGUAGUUGUAGGAAUUACACCCGGAGGAAUUGCAUCACCAAUGGGCAGUCAUUGGUGGGACCAUAGGAAUGAGAGGAAGGGCACUCUAGUUUUUAACCAUUAAUCAGAAAUAUAUCCUUUAGGAGGUUGUAUUUCUGCUUCCCAGAAGAACACCAGAGCAAGGGAACUUCGAAUCUAGCUCUUUCCAUCAGCCACAAGAGGGGUACAUACAAGGCAAAGUAGCAAAGACUGAUACAGCCCUUCAAAAUGAGGGGUUUUGAAAGAUUUAAUUUGUUUAUCCAGAGUGGUUUUUUUUAGUAUAAUUAGUUUUGCAGAUGAGAAUAACAAGAGGAAGUUAUUUUGUUCAAAAUUAAUCAUCUUCACUUCAUUAAAAAACAGUCCAAAUUACCUUGACUCCAAAGA